CAAAAAGAAGAAAAGUCGUCGGCGUAGCAAAGACAGUAGUAGCCAAUAAAUGAUGAUAUAAGCAGCGUCAUCGGCUGUUCACAUGUGACACAACCUCACAGUACUCAUUUAUUACAUACAAACUUCAUCUCUCUCUUUUGAAAUCAUUCACACAUUUCAGACACAAACGCAGAGAGAAUAACAUAUCCUUCUCACAAUGACUGGAAGAGAGAUUCUCCAUAAGAUGAAGUUGAAGGCUGGAGGAUUCUGCGGAUCUGAGACAGGAAGAGGUAAGAGCAAGACAUGGAAAAACAUCUCCCACGGUUUUGACUUUGUGAAAGGCAAAGCAUACCAUCCUAUGGAGGACUAUGUUGUGUCUGAGUUCAAGAAAGUGGACGGCCAUGAUUUGGGUUUGUUUGCUAUCUUUGACGGUCACUUGGGCCAUGAUGUGGCCAAGUACUUGCAGACCAAUCUCUUUGAUAACAUUCUCAAAGAGAAGGAUUUUUGGACUGAUACGGAAAAGGCUAUAAGGAAUGCAUACAUAUCAACGGACGCUGUGAUACUAGAGCAGUCACUUAAACUUGGCAAAGGCGGAUCAACGGCUGUAACAGGCAUUCUAAUAGAUGGGAAAAAGCUAGUGGUUGCUAAUGUUGGAGACUCAAGGGCAGUGAUGUCAAAGAAUGGUGUUGCGUAUCAGCUCUCUGUUGACCAUGAACCAAGUAAGACAAAGGAAAUUGAGAGCCGUGGUGGCUUUGUAUCUAAUAUUCCAGGGGAUGUUCCAAGAGUCGAUGGACAACUAGCGGUUGCGAGGGCGUUUGGAGAUAAGAGCUUAAAGAUACAUCUUAGCUCUGAACCAGACAUAACACACCAGACAAUCGAUGAUGAGACUGAGUUCAUCGUUUUCGCGAGUGAUGGAAUUUGGAAGGUGAUAACGAACCAAGAAGCAGUGGACGUGAUCAAAAACAUAAAAGAUCCACAAGCGGCAGCCAAGGAGUUGAUAGAAGAAGCAGUCGCGAAGAAAAGCAAAGACGACAUCUCUUGUAUAGUUGUAAGGUUCAACUGAUAAUUAUAACUUGUCUUGGCUAUAAAAUUGUACCAAUCAAGUGUGUGAGUGAGAGAGUAAAACAAAAGACCAACCAAUUAAGUUGUGUGAUCAAAGUCAUGUCUCUUGUUAAAAACUUCCAUUGACAGUAAAAUCCUGGCCAAAAUGUAAAAGCCAUGGUUCUUGGAACUCUUAAAGAACA